AUGGACCAAGGAGGUGGUGUGUUGGAGUUACACACACAGGAGCUGAAGAUGCCCCACGCUAUGAUCAUGCAAGAUUUUGUUGCAGGGAUGGGUGGCUUGGCACACAUUGACGGGGAUCACAUUGUGGUGUCCGUGCCAGAAGGAAUGCUUCUUUCCGACGUGAUGACGGACGAGGGGAUCCUCUUGGAGCACGGGCUGGAGGUGGAGGGCCUCGAAACUCAGGUCGUCGAAGGUCUGGAAACCGAAGUUGUGGGAAGUUUACACGCGGAUGUGGAAGGACUGGAGGCAGAGGUGGUCGAUGGGCUUCAGACACAUGUGGUAGAGCUGGAGGCUCAGGUAGUGGAAGGCCUAGAAGGAGAUGUCGAGGUGGAAGGACUGGAGGCACAUGUGGUGGAGGGACUAGAAACCGAAGUGGAUGUAGAGGACUUAGAAGCUCAUGUCGUCGAGGGCCUCGAGGAGGAAGUGGAAGUUGAGGGCUUGGAAGCAGAAGUCGUGGAAGGUCUGGAGGUGGACGUAGAAAGCCUGCAGGCUCAGGAUGUAGACGGCCACGAAAUAGGCAGCGAGGACAUGGUGCACUCAGAGCACAGUGUGAUCAUGCCGGAAAAUAUCCUAGGAACAGAAGUUGCAAUAGAGGAAGCUUUGGAACACCACCACGUGUUAACCUCGGACCUUAUCCAGGAUGCCAAUCACCACGAUGACAUGUCAGACCAGGUGUUUGUUGCAGAGCUUUUGUCGGACCACCAGGAUAACACUUUAGACCACCAGCUUGUGGCAGAGGGCUUGAUGGUAACGGAGGCCAACGCGGAGACCAUCAUCCAUCAGCAACUUCCAUCUGAGGCCGUUUCUUUGCAGAUGGAUGAGGAUGAUGACGGGAGAAGUAGUUCUGAAGAUUACCUCAUGAUUUCAUUGGACGAGGUGGGCGAGAAGUUGGACAUAGGAGACACCCCCCUAGAGAUUAGCACUGAGGUGAUGGAAGACAAGGAGGGCAAGGAGGAAGAUGGCGCAGAAGUCAUCAAAGUCUACAUUUUCAAAGCUGAGGCAGAUGAUGAUUUGGGUGGAACUGAGGUGAUCACUGAGGAUGAUUAUCAAAAUGGCCACCCUGAUCUUGAGGCGGCAUCAUCGGGAAGACUCGGAGUCGGGCGCGACAAGAUGGUCUACAUGGCAGUCAAGAAGCAGCCCAAAAUAGAGGAAGAGGAGGAGGACGACGACGAUGAGAGUGAUGACGAUGAUGACGAUGACGACAUCAGCAAUACAAUAGAGCAGGUGAAGAACGGCGCGUCGACACAGUUUCUACAAAUCCGAGAAGGUUUGGCCAUGAACCGUGUCCUCAAACCCAAAGCCAAGAAAAAGAAGAAAGGAGACAUUCGGCAGUGUCAAACCGCUGUCAUCAUCGGGCCUGACGGCCUGCCUUUGACGGUCUACCCGUGCCACAUAUGCGGAAAGAAGUUCCGCUCACGAGGCUUCCUCAAAUGCCACAUGAAAAACCACCCGGACCACCUCUUAAAGAAAAAGUACCAGUGUACAGACUGCGACUUCACCACCAACAAGAAAAUUAGUUACCACAACCAUUUGGAGAGUCACAAGCUGCUGAGCCACAACAGCGAGCGCUCCCCGGAAUACACGGAGUACGCGCGGCGCUAUCACGAAUCCAGUCCGCUGGGCUCCGACAAACUCAUCGUCAAGGACCGCGAGACCAAGCUGCAUCACUGCAAGUAUUGCGACUACGAGACGGCGGAGCAGGGCCUGCUCAAUCGUCACCUGCUGGCCGUGCACAGUAAGAACUUUGCGCACGUCUGCGUGGAGUGCGCCAAAGGCUUUCGCCACCCGUCCGAGCUGAAGAAGCACAUGCGGACCCACACGGGUGAGAAGCCCUAUCACUGUCCCCACUGCGAGUUCCGCUGCGCGGAUCAAUCCAACUUAAAGACUCACAUCAAAAGCAAGCACGGCGCAGACCUGCCUUUCAAGUGCAGUCACUGCCCGCAAGCGUACGCCGAUGCGCGGGAACUCCAGCGUCACAUAGAGAUGGUUCAAGGCCACAAGACGCACCAGUGUCCGCAUUGCGAGCACAAGAGCACCAACUCCAGUGACCUGAAGCGGCACAUCAUCUCUGUGCACACCAAGGACUUUCCCCACCAGUGCGACGUGUGCGAGAAAGGCUUUCACCGGCCCUCGGAGUUAAAGAAGCACGCCGAGACGCACAAGGGUAGCAAGGUGCACCAGUGCCGGCACUGUAACUUCAACGCUCCCGACACGUUCACCCUGAGUCGCCACAUUCUGUCCCUGCACACCAAGGAACUACCGUUUAAGUGCAAGCGCUGCCGGCGAGGCUUCCGACAACCGGCGGAGCUCAAGAAGCACAUGAAGACGCACAGCGGGCGCAAGGUUUAUCAGUGCCAGUAUUGCGAGUAUAACAGUACGGACGCUUCCGGCUUCAAGCGCCACGUCAUUUCCAUUCACACCAAGGACUACCCCCACCGCUGCGACUACUGCACCAAGGGCUUCAGAAGGCCUUCGGAAAAGAGUCAGCACAUAGCAAGACACCACAAAGACAUGUUAAUGUAA